AGGUAUGAUUUUGUAAUUAAACUUUGGUUGGAUGAGCCAAAGGUGAGCAAAAUAAUUUGGCGCUGUGCAUUUCCAUAAUGCCCUGUCGCUUUUGGAUUUUAAAUCAGUGGAAUUCACCAGAUUGUUUUAUAAUAAUUUUAUAUUAAAAUACACGUAAAUCUUAUAAUGAUAUAAAACAAAAACAUUUUUUUUUCUUCAUUUUAAGAGAUGGCAGAGCGGUUAGGUAGUAAAAACGAAAAAAAUUAAGAUACUGAUAUAAUAUGUUGAAUUACCUACGCCAUUAUGGAUUUUCGCAGAUGUUCGAGGAAAGUUUGAGAAGAAUAUCCCUUGCAGUUUUUUUCGUUGCAAUUUUGGGAUCAGUAACUGCACAGUCCUCUCCUGAAAAUAUAUUAAAUGGAGGAGAUGUGUCUAUAAAUUUAGGUGAAGUGGAACCCCGAGACAGCGGCGCAGACUUAGACUUUCACUACCACGAUCACGAUCAGCUAACACGGUACCUACGAGCCGUGUCGGCUAAGUACCCCGCUCUGACUGCUCUUUAUUCUAUCGGAAAGUCUGUUCAAGGUCGCGACCUUUGGGUGAUGGUUGUGUCUGCAUCUCCAUACGAGCACAUGAUAGGAAAGCCAGAUGUCAAAUAUGUCGCAAACAUUCACGGUAACGAAGCAGUCGGGCGAGAGCUGCUGUUGCAUCUUAUACAGUACUUAGUGACGUCAUACGAUACCGAUCCAUACAUCAAAUGGUUGCUGGACAAUACACGAAUUCAUCUGAUGCCAUCCAUGAAUCCGGACGGUUUCGCAAUCUCUAAAGAGGGACAAUGCGACACCAUCCAUGGCAGGCAUAAUGCACGUCGAUACGACUUAAACCGGAAUUUCCCAGACUUCUUCAAAGUGAACACUAAGCAAAUCCAGCCGGAGACUGAAGCCGUGAAAGAAUGGAUCAGCAAAAUACAGUUCGUGCUGUCCGGGUCGCUGCACGGAGGCGCGCUCGUUGCAUCUUACCCCUUCGACAACACACCCAAUGCUAAUCUCCUAAAUACAGUAUUCCAAACGUACGCACACUCUCCAUCGAUUUCGCCGGAUGACGAUGUGUUCCGGCAUCUAUCGCUGGUGUACUCCAACAAUCACGCCAAGAUGUCAAGAGGUGUCUCCUGCAAGUCCGGCUCGCCGAGAUUUGAAAAUGGCAUCACUAAUGGCGCUGCAUGGUAUCCACUUACUGGUGGAAUGCAAGACUAUAACUACCUUUGGCAUGGAUGUAUGGAAAUUACUUUGGAAAUAUCUUGCUGCAAAUACCCACCUGCGCACGAGCUGCCUAAGUAUUGGCAAGAUAAUAAACAGUCCCUCAUUAAAUACUUGGCCGAAGUGCACCGCGGCGCUCAUGGAUUUGUAAUGGACGAGAAUGGCAACCCAGUAGAGCGUGCCGCGAUCAGAGUUAAAGGUCGUGACGUCUCGUAUCACACAACCAAGUAUGGCGAAUUCUGGCGUAUCCUGCUGCCGGGAACUUACCGUGUGGACAUAUCUGCGGAAGGUUAUUUGCCACAAGAAGUUGAAUUCAUAGUUAUCGACAAUCACCCCACACUUCUGAACAUCACUUUACAUUCUGCCAAACGAAUAGACGGCGGGCCGUAUUACAGACCACUGCCUGCGCCACCGAGAGUCCCGCUCACCGCCACUCCGGCGCCAGGAAUUUUCACUUCUCUUACUAACUCCUUCAGUAGUCUUGUGUCCAACUUCUUUGGAUAAAAACUUAAUAACAGAAUAAUGCGUUGAAUAUAACUGCCUACCGAUUAGAUAUGUUAAAACUUAGAAGUGCCUAACAGGUCGUAUCUCGUAACAAUAGAUAGUAAACAUAUUUCUAUGAUAAACGAUUCAUAAGGUACAUAGUUGAAUUCAAUCAAUAAUGUUCGAAAUGUGUUCAUUUGUUAUUUCAAAUAAGAGGACAAAAGAAUAGAUCUCUUUAUUAAAUCAUUAAUUUAUUCUUAUACAUAAA